UGUUUUAAACUCUGGAUGGAGUAACUCAUCUCUCCAAACAUAAAAGAUCUUUGGCGCUCUUCUUCAGGUUUCCCUUUGCCAUGGAAACAGUAGGAUCACAAAGUGACUACACUUUGGAUAAUUUAUAACCGCAGACUGUAUAAAUAACUUCAUAACAAGAAAAAUAGGCUACACCAAAACAAACACACAAUGUCGGGACCUGAAGAGCAGCGGGCUCUCCUGGAGCUGAACCGGCGGAGGGAGACGUGGUGUCAGGUGGAGAUGACUCCCCAGCAGUCCUGGGAGAGGACCCAGAGGAGGCAUUACAGGAGUCACCUGCGGACCAGCCCGCUGCUCCUCAGCGCUCUGACCGACGGGCCGCAGCGCAGGGCGGCCCGCGGCCAGCGUCCGCCCCCCUCCAAGCUCCCGGAGAGAAGGCACUUCGAAGAGAGCUAUGAAUCACAGCUGGUGUAGGCGGCCGUAGCCUGACGAGAACCCACAAGCUAAAACAACUAAUGGAGCUCAGCGUGAAUUCUUUCAGGAAGACUUCAAAUAACUUCAAUCACCGCUCUCUCGC